AUGGGUUUCACUUCUAUCGCGGUCGUGGUCGGAUUAGGUCUGUUGACACUGUGCAUUCUCAGGAAACAGACAGGAAAAAUAAAGAAAUCUCUCCUCAAGCUACCCCUAAUCGGUGACAUUCACAGCUCCCCCAUUGACAAACCGCUUCUGAACUGGGACGCAUGGACAAGGGAAAAUGGCCCCAUUGCAAUCCCCAAGCUCUUUGGGCUCGUACCAAUUGUGGUAUUAAAUUCAUAUGAGGCCGUGACCGAGCUCUUCAGCCGGCGCAGCCAAUGGUACAGCAACCGUCCACCAUCUGUCAGCAUGGAAAUGAUCACAGAUGCCGCGUCUGGGAAGUCAAAGUUCACACUGAUGCACGACUAUGACGAUCACCUCAAGUUCCACCACCGGAUUUUGGCCCCCAGUCUCGGCGUUCUCGCCGCCCCACAGUACCACCCCCUAAUGGAGCUUGAGUGCAAACAGUUAUUAUUUGAUCUCUCGAGUGCCGCACAGCAAUUGCCCGACGGGAUCAGCACGGAAACGAUCUAUCCGCUACUUGAGCGCACUCAAUCGAGUGUCAUACUGGCCCUGCAUUAUGGUCUGCGCAUCUCAAGUUUUGAAGAGCCGAUCUUGCACGAAAUCAUAGAUAUCCAGACUCAAGUAACUCACCUUGCCGCAAACCCUGGUCUUCCAGAUAUUAUCCCGCCUCUGCGUGAUCUGCCGAGAUUUUUGUCACCAUGGAGACGAGCGGCUGAUAAGCUGUAUGCCACGCAGGUUGAUCUGUAUAUGCGUCUUUUCCGCCACGGGAGGGACUCAGCAGGCUGGAACUCCACCAAGCAGGCGAUUGCCACAGCGAAGAAGUAUUCUGAGAAGGGUGUCCCGGAUCUUGACCUCGCGUUUACCCUUGCAACGUCUAUUCAGGGAGGUAUGGAGACUUCACCGCGGCAGAUGCUGUGGUUAUUCAUUGCAGCGCUCCACCAACCGUCUUUCAUGGCGCGCGCGCAUACCUUGCUCGACGAAGUCGUCGGGCGUGACCGGCUCCCUCAGUUCUCGGACCGUUCAAAACUUGUUUUUAUCGACGCUAUCAUGCAUGAAAUGUUCCGCUGGAGGCCUGUCUCACCGGGAUCUAUUCCUCGUAGGGCAGAACGAGACGACGAAUAUGAUGGUGUCAAAAUCAAAAAGGGAGUCACUCUCAUGGCAAAUGCAUGGGCUAUCGGUCGAGAUGAAAAGGUGUUUGAUCCUGCCCUGGGGAACACUCAGGACUUCGUGCCUGAGCGGUGGCUCCUGUGUGAUGAUGAUGGAGAAGAACGUCUGCGAACGGACCUUCCGUUAGCAGUCUUUGGGCAGGGUCGCCGUAUCUGCCAAGGAAAAAGGGUUGCUACCGACGGAUCCUUCUUGCAGGUUGCUUGUCUGCUGUGGGCAUUUGAUAUCGAGCUCGCUGAUGGGGAAGAGGUGGAUCCGUGGGCGAUGGUCGUUGCUGGGUUUAUGACGACGCCGAAGGGGGUCAAAUUCAGACUCCGGCCCAGAGGUGACUGGGUACUCGGUGUUAUUAAUCAAGAAUGGAAGACGGCGGAGAAAAGUCUAGGAAAGGUUAUGGGAACUGAUGUUGAUGUUGAAAAUAGGUCAUAG